CGGUCAAAGUGCGCGUGAUAUCGCUUCGAAGCUCGAUACGGUGUGAUGCGAGUUACAGUUACUAUUAUGCUGCCAAGGCAUCAGGACAACGCGGAAUAACGUUGAUUGUUGUUUUAUUUCUCUCAUAAAGGGAAAACAUUAUCAGAACAAUGUCUGGGGUCAACAAUAGACUGCACAAAUUAAAUACCGGACUUGUGACGUCUUGUGUGGUGGGAUUGGCGUUGUCGUACUAUUCGUACGUCGUAGAAACCGCCAAAGAACAGGAUGAGAACUAUGAGGCCAUGUGCGACAUCAGCGAGCAUAUCAGUUGUUCCAAGGCGUUCAUGUCUGAAUAUGGAAAAGGAUUCGGCCUAAUUCCAGAGACUUCCAUUUUGUACAUGCCUAAUUGCCUCUACGGCCUAGGAUUUUACGCAGUUAUUGCGAUAAUAAGUGUUUUCAAUAAAUUAAGCUACACCAUCAUCCUGCUGACUCUCUCCACUGUCAGCUGUCUCUCCUCAGUGUACCUCGCCUGGGUACUUUACAUACUGAACUCCGUGUGUGUCGUCUGCGUCAGCACAUACAUUGUCAACGCCGUUAUUCUCGUUCUCAGCUAUCGAAAACUGCGGAUAUUGAGGCGAUCAGUCCCACCCGGUUACUCACAAAAGUCAAACAAGCGGAAGAGACACUAAACUCGACAAAUACCACACCUCGAAGCAUCGAGUGCAUCCGGCCUUUCAUCACUGUAAAUUUUUCAAUAAUAAAUUCAACAUCUUGACGCUGUUAAUAA